AUGAAGAGGUUAAGGCUGGAAAAAUGGUCCGGGCACCUGCUCACAGCUCGCCCGGGGGUCGCAUCAAGAAGCCUCUCGUCACAGCAUCGAGUACAAUUCUCUAGACCGAACCAGCUCACCUCUUCACCAAGAUGCCAGUCGACAGCCGCAGCAAGAGACAUCGAGGCCGAGAUCAGGCAGGGGCAACCCGAGCCGAGCGAGCCUAUUUCCUCAGACCAAUUCUCAAAGGCUGCAGCGGAUGAACCGCCGCUGUGGCCUUCAAUAUCCGGCCAAGAACCUAUAGGGCCGGUGCCCUCUCCCCUACCCCGGGAUGCCUCCAAGUCCGCCAAGCUGGCCGCUCUCCAUGCUCGGUUGUCUCUCUCCGACAGGAUCCCCAUCCAGACCCUCGCGCGCACCCUCGUCGACGCCUCCGCCGACCCAGCGCCGCUGUUCAACAACUCAAACCUCGCCUUCCUGGGCCAAACGCUUAUCAGCUACCAUACCUCCGAACUCCUCAUGUGCCGUUUCCCCAGGCUACCAAUGCAGAUCCUACAUUCAGCCAUGAAGACAUACGGUGGCGACAAGACCCUCUACCAUGUCGCGCGGUCUUGGGGCGUUGAGAAUGCUGCCGCCCCGGGCGCGGAGGUCGACCCUGGGUUGUUGCAGUUCUCGCUGGACAAGGAGAGGUCGUUCAACACCAAGUGGGGCUUCGCGAGAGCCGAGACUGUAUGGGGCCCAACGAAGAAUCAAAGGUUCAGGAAGGGUAUCUCGAGCAGCGUUGUUCACGACGACGACUUUGGCGACAUGUUUAAGGGCAUGAGGGACACGGAGCCAGACCAAGAGAAACAGGUCGAGCCGAGUGAUGAUGAGGCAGAUAUCGACCUUCCCGUGGAGCGGCAGUUGACCCUGGGCGACGCGAACGAGAAAAUGAACAAGGCAUAUAACAUCCACGGGACGUUUGUGCGCGCUGUGGUGGGGGCCAUCUACACGUACUGCGGGAGGGAAACCGCGCGGUCGUUCAUCAAGGCGCACAUACUCUCGCGGCAUUUCGACCUGCAAAAGCUAUUCUCCUUCUCGCAACCCACAAGAGAGCUGUCCCGCCUUUGCGCGAGGGAGGAGUUCGACCCCCCAGUGGCGAGGCUGCUGUCCGAGACCGGACGUCUCUCCAGGACGCCGGUGUUCGUGGUCGGAAUCUUUAGCGGGAACGACAAGCUGGGAGAGGGGGCGGCCGCUUCCCUGCACCAGGCCCGUCUCAAGGCUGCGAUGAACGCGCUCAAGGCGUGGUAUCUGUACAGCCCUGGCGAGGACGUCCGGGUGCCGAGUGACGCGCUGGUGGAGGGUGCCAAGCCCUGGGAGCCCGUGUAUGUGGAUAUCGGCGAGGUGGUAUGA